AUGGCGGAACAACUUAACAUGGGUGGCCUGAGCCUUGGUGAUGGCCAGCAGCCCCAGCGCUCGUACAUCCCGCCUCACAUGCGAAACCGACCCGGUCCUCCUCCUGGUCCUCCUGCUGGCCCUCCUGCUGGCCCUCCCCCUGCUAUGAAUGGCGGUGCUCCCAACGGCGCCCCUAAUGGCCUCAACAACAGCUCUUGGGCUGGCAACAAUGCUGGCCCCGGUCCCGGCCCCGGCUACGGUGGUCGCCAGAACAACUGGAGCAACGGACCCGAAGGUGGUGCUCCCCCGUCUUUCCAGAAUAACCGUCGCGGAGGUUGGGGCGGUCGUGGAGGUGGUUACUCUGGCGGCGGUCACGAUGGCCACUCCGGCGGUGGCUACACUGCCCGAGGCUCUGGUGAUGGCCAGUGGCGCGAUGGAAAGCACGUUCCUGGACCGGCUAACCCCCGUCUUGAGCGUGAGCUCUUCGGUGCCACAGUCGAUGAUCCUUCCAAGCAGCACACGGGCAUCAACUUUGAGAAAUACGACGACAUUCCCGUUGAAGCCUCCGGUCAUGAUGUUCCCGAGGCUGUUCUUCAGUUUACCACUCCUCCUCUGGAUGAACAUCUCUGCCGCAACAUCGAGCUGGCUCACUACAAGGUCCCCACACCUGUGCAGAAGUAUUCCAUCCCCAUUGUUAUGGGCGGACGUGAUCUCAUGGCUUGUGCUCAGACUGGUUCUGGCAAGACUGGUGGCUUCCUUUUCCCCAUUCUUUCUCAGGCCUUCAUCAACGGCCCUUCGCCUGUCCCGGCCAACGCUGCUGGCCAGUUUGGUCGUCAGCGCAAGGCCUACCCUACCUCUCUGAUUCUUGCUCCCACCCGUGAGCUGGUCUCUCAAAUCUAUGACGAAGCUCGCAAAUUUGCCUACCGAUCCUGGGUUCGCCCCUGCGUCGUGUAUGGUGGCGCCGAUAUUGGCUCCCAGCUUCGCCAGAUUGAGCGAGGCUGUGACCUUUUGGUCGCUACUCCUGGUCGUCUGGUCGAUCUUAUUGAGCGUGGCCGCAUCUCCCUCUGCAACAUUAAGUAUCUUGUAUUGGAUGAGGCUGAUCGCAUGCUUGACAUGGGUUUCGAACCCCAGAUUCGCCGCAUCGUAGAGGGCGAGGACAUGCCUGCCGUGGCUGACCGUCAAACUCUCAUGUUUUCGGCCACCUUCCCUCGCGACAUCCAGAUGCUUGCCAGAGAUUUCCUCAAGGACUACAUCUUCUUGUCAGUUGGCCGUGUCGGUUCCACCUCUGAGAAUAUUACUCAGAAGGUUGAGUUUGUUGAGGACAUUGACAAGCGAUCCGUUCUCCUCGAUAUUCUCCACACUCACGCGGGCGGGUUGACACUCAUUUUCGUUGAGACGAAGCGCAUGGCUGACUCUCUGUCGGACUUCCUUAUCAACCAGAGCUUCCCUGCCACGUCCAUUCACGGUGAUCGCACCCAGCGUGAGCGUGAGCGCGCCCUCGAGUUCUUCCGCAACGGUCGAUGCCCCAUCUUGGUUGCUACUGCCGUCGCCGCUCGUGGUCUUGAUAUCCCCAACGUCACUCACGUCAUCAACUACGACUUGCCUACCGAUGUCGAUGACUACGUACACCGAAUUGGUCGUACUGGUCGUGCAGGAAACACUGGCAUUGCUACUGCUUUCUUCAACCGUGGCAACCGUGGUAUUGUCCGUGAGCUCAUGGAGCUUUUGAAAGAAGCCAACCAGGAGGUUCCCGCCUUCUUGGAGGCCAUCGCUCGCGAAUCCUCCUACGGUGGAGGUGGCCGUGGUGGUCGAUCUCGUGGAGGUGGUGGUCGCGGCACUGCUACGCGUGACUUCCGUAAGUUCGGCGGCGGAGGCGGAGGCGGAGGCUUCGGCGGCAACAGUGGUGGUGGUUUUGGUGGCCCCCCUCAGAGCUCUGGCUACGGCGGCGGCGGCUUUGGUGGUCCUCAGGGUGGUUAUGGUGGUGGCUACGGCGGCGGCGGCGGCGGCGGCGGCGGUGGUUAUGGCAACCCUGGCGGCCCUGGUGCCCAGUCUUGGUGGUAA